GUUUUGACUUGCAGUUUAAUGCUUAUUUACAAGUUAAGUAGCAAAAAUUUUUAACCAUGUCUGACGCAGCAGCUAAAGGAGGAAAACAGGCACCUAAAGUAGCCAAGAAAGGUGAAAAAAGAGCCGGCAAAAAAGGAGGAAAGAUUGGUGGAACUGGUGAAAAGAAACGCAAGAGAAAGAGAAAGGAAAGUUAUGCUAUUUACAUCUACAAUGUUUUGAAACAAGUUCACCCAGAUGUCGGAGUUUCAAGCAAAGCUAUGAGCAUCAUGAACUCAUUUGUCAACGACAUCUUUGAGCGCAUUGCUUCCGAAGCUUCGCGUUUGGCUCUUCAAAACAAAAAGUCGACCAUCUCUUCUCGUGAAAUUCAAACCGCAGUACGUCUUCUCUUGCCUGGAGAACUUGCAAAACACGCAGUCAGUGAAGGAACAAAAGCCGUCACAAAAUACACAAGCAGCAAGUAAACCAACGUCUACCAA